ACUAUGAUGUAGAAGCUAGGUCAGUUGCAACAUCGACUCCUCCUAAGCCUCCUAAACGCUGGCCGGGUAACUGCCGCGUACUACGUAACUGUAUAGGGCAUAGCGUUCAGCUAACGACGGCCCCAUAUUGACGUCGCGCGGGGGAAGAGGGGCUAUCUCCCCCCUAAAAAACAAGCAUUAGGUUAAAUAUUAGGUUUUUCACCCCUUCCCAGGUUCAGGUUUACCUCUUUCCUUUUUAUAAGGGCAGGCGUGAAGCAGGACAAUCUAACUAGGCGUUCGGGAAACAAUAAACCACUGCUCCGAGGGUCUCGAUCUGCCCUUGCUUAAUAUAUCAGAAAUGGGAAUUACCUCUGUUUCGCUACAAUAAAACGGAAAUGUCUUUCUCAGCUGUCACAGCGGGGAAUAAUUAACAAGCCAUCACUGGAUAUUUGAUAUAAAUUGACAUUGGCAGCACUUCCAAUUGUGCAUUUCAUUGGCAAAGCACAACGAAGAAGAGGAAUCACUGGCUCGUGAUUGCAAACCAAUCCAUCGAUGUUCCACCGAACUUAAAGCAUACUUUCGGGACUGAUUUUCCAAAAAGUCCUUCGCGUUACUCGUCAUCAGCGUGGUACGCUCCAUGCAGUGGCAGUCUGCUCAUGAACAAUGAGCCAGCCACCUGAACAGGUUGUAAUUUCACCCGAAGGGGGGACACAUUCAUUUCUCGUACCUGCUGUGGAAUCACGUAGUCAACAAAACGGGGACCCAGAAGAAGACACCUCGCAACAUGAAGGAGAUACCUACAUGCACACAUUCGCAAAGACUUCGAGCUGCGUGGAUCUGGGGGCCGGUGAGGCUUGCGGUGAGCCGACAGUGGAUAAUUGCAGUAUGGUGUCUAAGGAACAUAUUAUUUACACUGUUCAAGAAAAAGGUGACCACUGCCAAGCUCAACUACCGGAGAGAGACAUUCAAUAUCAGCUUGAAUUGCGAAUGAAAGGUGAAGUUAAACAGGCUACAUCCAUUUCUGUUUCCAUUGUUGAUAGCGGUGCCAUCACUUCAGACAGUCGAAAACUACACAUUUCAAGUGCACUCGACGAAAUCAUUGACGUGAACCUGGAGCGUUGUGACAGUAUAUCAACCGUGAACGAAUACCUAACACCCGAUGGCUCUGAAGUCUCCAUCACAGAUGUCACUUACCUCGCCGGUGCAACUGGUGCACAGCUCAUUCAGGUACAGAAUGUAUCAUACGAUGAAAGUCCCGAUGUCUUUUGCUCAAGUCUCGACGUCUUCCCACCUCUGAAACAAGAAGAAAAUACCACGCCAUUCCUCAACAGUCUUCAGGCCAGCUCGGAAACCAUCCAGUCCAGGACUCCAACUCCUCCACUACUGGAACAUCCACCAGAGAUACUUGACGUGUCUGCUGCAACAGCCGUAAGCUCAGAUGCAUUGUUUCACGAAGACACGAGUGAUGAAGAAGUUGAGAGAAAUAAUGCUGAGGAGCAGCAGACUGCCACAAUACUGGACAUCUCAGAUCAGAGGGUUAACUUCAUGAAUACGCCAAGCACGCUGUCACCCAUUAGUUCUCACAGAAUGUCUCUGGACCAAAGUGCUGAAGACAGUUGCCGACCAAUGACCAACAUGAGAAGUACAAGCAGUAGCAGCAGCAGCAGCAGUACCAGCACGCUUAGUGGUACGAAUGAACCUGCAGACGCACCCUUAACUCCCACCACUCACAGUCCAAACAGGGACAGUGACCCCACGAUCAGCAGCGUCACAAAACUGCUUCAGUCGUCUAGUUCUGGGAUCAGCGUUCCGGGCACAAAGUCGACGGCUGAAAGGAAGAGGCUUCACAAACUAUUUUCUUGGGUCACGUUCAAGUCGAUGGUGGGAAAGAGACUCGAGACCAUUGCUGGCUGUUUCAAGAGCAAGAAAGAUUCCAACAAAAAGGGUUUCUUUAAUCCGACGACCCAGAGACUGGCAAGCAGACGACUUUAUGAAGAAGGUUUGUACGACGAAGCUAACGAAGACGUUUUUGGUGACCGGAGCCAGGGAGAAUGCAGACCUCGGACACCUCGUUUGCAGCUCGACUCCGAUGGGGAUGAACUGUUGGAAGAGGUUGACAAUGAGACUUCGGACAAGUUCUAUUCAACGAGGCUUCAGUGGAACAUAAGGGGGAUUUAUCAGCGAGCUGCUUCUUAUGUUCACUCCUUCUGGGGGAGGGGUUCCUAAAUAUUGUUUUUGUUUGGUUGUUGCCUCCACAAUGUGUUGAAAAUAAAACUGGCAUUUCGAAAAGUG